AUGAAGCUCUCCAUUGGCAUCAUUUUCUGCUCCCUGGUACUGGGUGUCAGCAGCCAACGAUGGUUAACAUUCCUCAAGGAAGCUGGCCAAGGGACUAAAGACAUGUGGAGAGCCUACUCUGACAUGAAAGAAGCCAAUUACAAAAAUUCAGACAAAUACUUCCAUGCUUGGGGGAACUAUGAUGCUGUACAAAGGGGGCCUGGGGGUGUCUGGGCUGCAGAAGUGAUCAACAAUGCCAGAGAGAAUGUCCAGAGACUGACAGGAGACCAUAAGGAGGACUCGCUGGCUGGCCAUGCUACCAACAAAUGGGGCCACAGUGGCAAAGACCCCAAUCACUUCCGACCUGCUGGCCUGCCUGAGAAAUACUGA